AUGGAGACAUAUAAUACCAACAGUGGAUUACCUUCCGCUUUUCCUGGAGACACUCGUUGGUGGAGACCAUGGAUUGGAUCAAAGCACACAACCGGGGCAAACAGGGGUCACUCCGAUGACGGAGACCUUUCCGCUGCCCAACAACACAAAACUCCUCAGGUCAUUCACCCAGUGAAGUUGUUCUGGCCCAAAUCGAGAUGUUUUGAUUAUCUGUACCAGGAUGCAGUAAUGCUCCUGCACAACUAUCCGGUGCAAGCGACCAUCUCCCUUUACGAAGACUCCAGCAGCGAUGAAGACAGCGACGAUGAAGAGGAGGAGAUGGAGAAAGAGCUGAACUGA